UGACGUCUCAUACAUAUCUUUAAGCCCGUCAAGACCGACACGAACACCAACACCGAACGGUGACCGAGAACCUGCACAAGGUCUGUAACUAAGAAGCGCCUCUUGUUCAUUCACUUGCCGCUUCAAAAAUUUCCACUUCGACUUGUUCCGACUAUUCAUCAGUGCAGCCAUCAUUCCCUCCACAAAAUUCCAUCAUCGCUCACGCCUCACCACAUCCGACACAAUGGCCAGCAACCAGGAAGACCUCCAGCGGCGGCCCGUCUAUCUCUACGACAUCGACACCGAUAUCCUGAAUACGAUCGCUCCCAAGUCGGAUGCAGACAUCACAGCCGAGCCAGUCGACGAAACCGCUAAGCAGACAACCGAUACCACAGCAGCUGAGCCCACAACAUCGGGGUCUCAAGCCAGCUGUUCACUAUGCGGCCUCAAAUUUGACAACGUCCAGGAACAACGGAGUCAUUUAAAGACCGACUUUCACCAUUACAACCUGAAGCAGAAACUUAACGGCCUUUCACCAGUAACCGAGGCUAAGUUCGAGGAGCUCGUCAACAAUCUCGAUGAAAGCAUUUCAGGGUCGGAUUUAUCAGAGAGCGAGGAUGAAGAAGAGGGGCAGGACAAGGACACGAAUAUGUUAUCUGCCCUCCUGAAGAAACAGGCCAACAUUGCAGGAAAGAUGGCAAAGGAGGACGGCGAUGAUGGUGAGAAUGACGGGGGCAAAGUGAGGACCUCAAGCGGAUCGCAGCCAUUGCUCUGGUUCAGCUCCCCGAAGUUGCCAGAGAACUCCUAUUACAGUGUCUACAAAGCCAUGUUCACCCCAGAAGAGUUGAAGAAGGAGGAAGCGAUUGUGGAUGCUAUCAAGUCCAGGCAAUUGGCACCCAUCACCAUGGGCAAACCGCCAAAGGACGCCAACGACAUCCCACCAAAUUACACCGGCAAGCACAUAUUCAUGUGCAUGAUCGGCGGCGGACACUUUGCCGCCAUGGUUGUCUCGCUUAACCCACGCAAGACCAAGCAUGGAACCACUGGACCUCUUAACAAGGAAGCCGUCGUUCUGGUGCACAAGACCUUCCACAGAUACACCACUCGUCGCAAGCAGGGUGGUUCGCAAUCCGCCAACGACAAUGCCAAGGGUGCCGCCCACUCAGCCGGUGCCAACCUCCGUCGAUAUAACGAGCAGGCUCUCGUCGAGGAUGUUCGCGGGCUGCUGGCCGAAUGGAAGGGACUUAUCGACACAUCCGAUCUGCUCUUCAUUCGCGCCACCGGCUUAACCAACAGGAGGACACUGUUCGGCCCCUACGAUGGACAGGUCUUGCGGGCGAACGACCCCCGCAUCCGUGGUUUCCCCUUCAUGACCCGGAGAGCUACCCAGAACGAGCUCAUGCGCGCCUUCAUUGAACUUACCAGGCUUAAAGUACGACAGAUUGUCCCCGAGGCAGCCGCUCCGGCUGUCGAGCCAUCGAAGAGACCAAAGAGCCCUAAGCCGGCUGCGGCUUCGAAACCGAAGCUAUCGGAGGAACAGGAGACACUUCUCUUGCACACCCAGCAGAUCCAAGCCCUGGUCAAGCGCUCCAAGGUGCCUGCCCUUCUAUCCUACAUCAGCACAAACGACAUCUCCCUCAAGGAAUUCCGGUUCUUCCCAGCAGACCACCAUACCCCAACACCCCUUCACCUGGCCGCAUCCCAAAACUCGGCGCCGCUCGUCACCAAUCUCCUCACCCGCGCCGGUGCGGACCCCACCGUUCCUAACGGGGACGGUAGAACCGCCUUCGAGCUAGCCGGCGACCGUGCCACGCGCGACGCCUUCCGCGUCGCCCGCUCGGAGCUCGGCGAAGAAGCAUGGGACUGGGAAGCAGCCAAGGUUCCCGUCGCGCUAUCGCGGGAUGAGGCGCUGAAGAGGACGGAAAGGGAAAAGAACGAGGCGAAGGAGAAGGAGGAUCAGAGGAGGAAGGCUGAGGAGGAGAGGCUGAAGAAGGAAGGGCCAAAGGUUGAUGCGACGAAGAGUGGCAAGAAGGCUGGUGGGAGUGUGUUGGCGGCUGCGAUGAAGUUGACGCCGCAGGAACGGAGGGAGGAGGAGGCGAAGGGGUUGACGCCGGAGAUGAAGAUGAGGUUGGAGAGGGAGAGGAGGGCGAGGGCGGCGGAGGAGAGGAUAAGGAGGUUGCAGGGUGGGCAGUGAGUCUAGGGUGUGAAGCUGGGGUCAGAGGGAGGUCGGUAGUAGGAUGGAAUGUGUCAUGGACACUUAGCGAUUGCAUUUGGGGUAUACCACCAAUAUGGGAGUUACAGGCAUGGUCUCAGAUCAGAGUAACUACUUUGCUUAGGCUGCAACAUAAUGUGCCAUACAACUUACAUUUACGGAUCAUUCCGCAAGUAAGUUUCGCCCCGGCAGUCUUGGUGAAACAUCCCAUCAAGUGUCGCCAGCACUAGCGAACAUUUUGUCCAAAGAAUCAUGUUGGUUAUGUCGGUUGAGGGUGUUGAUGUGUUUCUUUCAUCCUUAGAACCUCGAGCAUGGCGUCAUUCAGAUGAGCCCAAGAUACCUCUAAGCAAACAAGCAUUGGAUGGUACUUGGAGGAGC